CGAACAUUGGCCAAUCAAAAGCCAGGUAAUUUACGGAUGAACUCCUCCUUCCACAUGUCUGUGUUGUAAAAUACUGCAGAAAGGCUGAGAAAAUCCUGAAUACUUAAGACUCAUCAUGCCGUUGUUGAGGCGACAGCCAUUCCAUCGUGAAAAACCACCACCAGAUCUACAUCCAGAUGAAGAAGUGUUCUUCUGUAAACUCACCAGAGAGGUUUUCAGAGAUUAUGAGAAAUUCUUUGAACGAAUUAUAUUGUGCAACAGCUUGGUAUGGUCAUGUGCCAUCACUGGCCGAGCUAGUCUUACAUACCAGGAAGCUGAGGAAAGUGAAGAGAAGGCGUUGAAACAACUUGCCUCAUUCCCGACAAAUCUUCAAAAGCCUAUAUUAUACUUGGCAUCAAAAACACAAAGAAGUAGACUAGCUGAUUUGAAUGAUGAUGUCUUUGUUUAUGCCAAAGACAGAUUCUUUAUUGGGGAAACUAUAGAUUGCAUCACAGGACAGUCAAAGAAAGCAUGCAAGGUAAUAAGAGUGCUGCCGCCUGGAAGCUCCACACCCAAAUCACCUGGUUCAGCCAAAUCACCUGUACUUUCUCCACAACUAAAUGGAGAUAUUGCACUUGAGCCAGGAACUAGCCAAGAAAUGGGAUCACCAGUGAAGAAAGGGAAUGGCAAGGCUGAGGCCUACCAGUAUACAGUCCAGGAGCAGGGGAAGUCAAUUGUUCACACUGUCAAAUUUAAGAUGCUCAGUCGCAAGAAGGGUCUUUUGACGAGGGACAAGUGUAAACUGUUCUUAAAGCAGAACUGCUUUAUUGAAGAUGGCAUCUGGAAAGUGAAGACUGCGAAAGUGAAGAAAAUGAAGCUGAACAGCAUGUUAUUUGAUGAGAUAUUUGCCGGUCAACCGCCCCAGUUUGAGGUCUCUGAGAUCAAGGUGAAAAAGGCCCAGCCCAAAAAGCCUGAAAAAGAGAUAUCACCUGGUCCAGCCAAGAAGCAAGUUCAAGAUGUACCUGGCACUUCAAAGCAACUACAAGGCAAAAUCCUGACUCCGGAGGAAAUUAAGGUGCUGAAGGAACAAGAGAGGGUGCAGCGUGAAAAGGAAAGGGAAGAGAGACUGGCCCUGAAAAUGAAGGAACGAGAGGAAAUCAGGAGGAAAUUCGAGGAGGAGAAGGAGAGAAAAAGGAAGGAAAAGGCUGAGGAGGUAGAAAAGAAGCGAGAAGAGCGACGUAUUCAGACCGAGUUAUGGCGUGAAUGGAGCAAGCAUAGAGAUGACAUGGACUGUGACGAUCUCAAGAUGUUACCUGAGCCGAAGCCUGUGCAGUGUAAGGUCCCGGAUGAGCAGUUUGGGGACGCCAUAAUGGUUGUGGAGUUUAUCAACUGUUUCAGCUCCAUCUUUGACCUCAAGGCCAGCUUUCCCAAGGGAUUCACCAUUGAGAUCCUGUUUGAUGCCCUAUUGGAGACGGACGCGGGCGGCUUGAUGGCGGACCUUCUCCUAAUGAUGUUAACAGCCAUCUUCUCCUUGCAAGAGGAGGAGGAGGAAGAAGAAGCUGAGCUCAAAAAGCAGGGAGCGGAACAAGAUGCUGAGCCAGAGAUGAAAGUAGGGGACAUGUCCCUCAAUCAGCUUAUUGAUGCUGCCACUUCCAUGGCAAAAGUUCCUCAGCUAACCCAAGGAACCAGCCUGAGGAAACUUCCCCUGGACAACUUCACACUGACAGAGAUUCUACGCCUACACAUUCUGGCAUCUGGUGCCCAGGGCAGUAUGGCAAACGCUAAGUUUCGCUACCAGCAGCGUGGAGGAUAUAUGCCAAUCGAUGACGCUGGGCUAGACUUCAAGAGGAGGGAGCCAGAUAUUGUCAGUAAACUGGCCAUUGAAAAUAUCUACGACUUCACACCUGCUGAGAAGUUGAAACUGCUGAACACGUUGGUAGACCAGUUUCUGACGUAUGCUGCCACACGGGAUCUGAUGGACGACAAUAGUGAGAAACUACGUCAGUUGAGAUUAGAUCUUAGACAGCUUCAGUGGGGAGAACAGAAACGAGAGAGAGAGGAGGCUGCUAACCGGUAUCGGGGCAGGAUGGAGGAGAAGCAGAAGGAGAAAGACAUUCAAGAGAAACAGAAGCUCAUCAGGUUCAAGAAACGUGAACAGAUCCUGCGCAAGGAGGAGGGCAUCAAAAACAAUCAGGAUAUGUCUAAUGAAGUUGCCAAAAUAGGUGAAGAAAUAGAGACACUAGAAAAAGAUUUGGCCGAAUUGGAGGCAUCUCUUCCCUCACAGGAGGAGCGUGACCAGGCCAGGCAGGAGGAAGAUGAUGCCGAGUCUGACAAGAAGGCAGAGUGCAUGAGUAGGGAACGUGAGUUUGUUCAGAACAUCAUGGACCUACAGCAUGGCUUCAGCGUACAGCCCCUCGGUCGGGACAGGAUGUACAGGAGAUAUUGGGCAUUCAAGUCCAUCCCCGGAAUAUUUGUGGAGGAUGAUGAACAGUUUGUGUCUCCUGAGGCACUUAAGCCGUGUGUGCAAAAUCCAAAUGGAAGUCAGUAUGAUAUCAAUGAUCCAUUUGCUCCACUUCCUAAACUUCCAGCUGCUGUUGUGAAUCAGGACAAGACAGAAAAGCCUGCUGAAAUAAAGCCUCAGGCUGAAAAUAAAGAUGGAAGUGAUAAAGAAAAUGAUUCAUUAAAUGCUUCCAACCUUAAUGUGAGUGCUGUAGAUGGCAAUGUAAGUGUGAACGUUCAGCAAGCGGAAAAUAGACCUGCGGAAAAUUCAGGAAAUGACAAUGUUGUAAAAGAGCCUAAAGUGAAUGGUGAUGCAAUAGUUAUUAGUGAUGAUGAUGAUUCCAAAACUCCAAGUAUCUCAGAAUGUUUUGAAAGUGAAGCAAUUAAACAGAUCAAUAAACCUACCAAAUGGAAAUGGGCAUUUUAUUCGACAGAAGAAGAUAUUGAAGCAUUGAUCGCUUCAUUGAACUUGAGGGGCUUCAGAGAGCAUGCGCUAAAGCAAGCCCUUGUUGAACAAAAAAGUAGGGCAUUAGAAACAGUGAGUAAAGUGCCAGAAGAUUUAUUGUACAUUCCUAAAGUAGAAGAGGAAUCAGAGUCGGGGCAGAAAAGUGAUUCUAAAGUGACCACGACAGAGGUUAAGAUGAAAGGUAAAAGUGUAACGUACACGGCACAGAAUGACUCGGCCCAUGAAGGGUUGGAGCUUAACCUGAGAGAGAUGAUUCUGGACCUGGAGGAAAGAAUACAUGUUGGAUCACUGGGCUACCUCAGGGUGAGUGACCGAUCUACCUGGCGUGAAGCUCUGGAGAGUGGUGGUUUUGAACCUUGCAGUAGUGACCCACUCUUCACCGAGUUAAAGCAGGAAAAGAUGCAGGUGGAUGAGGAGGAGGCAGACAUUUCUAAGGAAGAGGAGAACCUGACCAUUGCCAUCUCCAAGGAUUUGGCUCGAGCUCUGGUGCAGAUCUCUCGCGGAAUAGAGCCCAAAUAUAUGCAACCUCCACUAGGUGACAAUGAGAAGGUAAAACAAGCGAAGCAUGCAAAACAGAAAGCCGAGGCAGCCAAGAAGGAGCAGAAGAAGGCAAGGAAGGAUGAUGAUAGCGAUGAUGAUUCUGAGGAGGUCUUUAUGAAAGGCACAUCCCAAAAGCAGUUGCUGGAGCGAUGGGAAGAUUCAUGCCUGGCAAGCACAAGUCUGGCACAAGUGUUCCUGCACCUUUCCACCCUGGACAAGUCUGUUAUCUGGUCCAAGUCCCUUCUGCACACACGCUGUAGGAUCUGUAGGAAGAAGAGUGACCCAGAUAAGAUUCUGCUAUGUGACCAAUGUGACCGUGGACACCAUCUCUACUGCCUUAAACCUGCACUCAAGCAAGUGCCAGUGAAUGAGUGGUUCUGCCCUGACUGCCGGCCAAAGGAGGUGAAGUCUCCAAGGAAGGGGCGUCGCCGAGCCUUCAGUCAGGAGGAGUCCAGUGAGGAGGAGGAGGAAGAGGAGAGUGUGGAAGAGGAGGAUGAAGCUGAGGACGAAGCAAGCGAAGAAGAGGAGAAUGAAGUGGAGUGUGCCGUAUGUGGCAAGUCUGGUACCCUCGUGUGCUGCGAUAGCUGUCCCCUCUCAUACCACCUGACCUGUGCCAACCCAGCACUCAAGAAGGUGCCCAAGGGCAAGUGGCUGUGUCAGAUAUGUACAGGGACGGACGCCAAGUCAGGCAAGAUCAAGAUGAACCUUGGUAAAGGCAAGAAGAAGUCGAGUCCUAAGUUGACCCCAAGUUCCAGUAAGGCGUCAUCCAGGCGGGGAAGUCCCCGGGACAGUCCAGUUACUGUUGGAGGGGGUAACAAGAAACGUAAGCGGGAUGAAUCCCCCCUGGUGGAACAACGAUCCAAGUUGAAAAAAAGUACUAAAUCAACUUCCAAACUUACAGUGGACAAUUCAGCUGAUGUUAAGCACUAUGUGAGCAGUUCACGGGGCAGCACACAGGUGCAGCAGCUGAAGCUGCUGGAGGACGUGGUACUGGGAAUGAUGGAGGAGGAAGAAGCAUGGCCCUUCAUGAGGCCUGUCAACAAGAGAGAUGCACCGGAUUACUACGAAGUCAUCAAGAAACCGAUGGAUUUCCAAACAAUUAAGAACAAGAUAAAGAAGUUCUCUUACGGGGAUCCUGCUGAUCUUGUGAGCGAUGUUCGCCAGAUAUUUACAAACUGCACCGAGUAUAACAAACGCACGACCCAGGAGUUCAAGGCUGGGGCUAAUAUGUCCAAGUUGUUUGAAAGGCGAAUGAAGAAUUUGGAGGAAUCUGCAGCACAUAAUGGACCCACGACUGGGAAACGAGCAAGAACAAAAUAAUGAUAGUGGACGUUUAUCUUAGGAAUAUCUGUUUGACAUACAUUGUGUUUUGUGCAUCUUAUUUAUUAAUUAAGAAAUUAAUAUUCCAUGCUUAAGUGUUACAUUUCAUGUAAGUGUUUUGUGACAGUAUAUAGACUAGACACUUUCGUACAAGAAUAAUGUUUCAAGGCAAGGAAGAAAGUAUGCAUGUGUGUUUUCAGCAACUUCUGGACUGUUUAUUUAUCAUAUGAAUAAUCUAAUAUGAGUAUCUAUGUGUGUUAACAGUACUAAAACCUUUAAUAUUGUUAAAAUAUAGGACCUCUAUUUAUUUCAGUUUGCUUUGAAAUUUUUAUUCUGUUAGUGCAUUACCUCAACAGAGAAUAUUUUUAUGUUGAUUGCUAUUCUGUUACGAUAUAUGAACCAUGACAAGCAGAAGCAUGUCUUAUAGUCUAGUAUAAGGUAAGCAAAAAUUAAGACGAAUUAGGUCCCUGUUACCUUAAACAGAAUUCUGAGGUCCAUGGUGUGAUCUGUUUUAAGGAACAGCCAAUCAGAUAAAAUUCAAAGGUAGUGACCAAAAAAACUUUCAAGCGGCAAAUAUGAAAAGAAAGUGAUCAUUUCGGAAGAAUAAUUAUAUGUUUUAAAACAAAGCCAUUGUGUAUACCGGGUAUGUAAAACACCAUUGAUACAGUGCUAGCAUUCAUUUUUAGCUCGACUAUUCGAAGAAUAAGGGGAGCUAUCCUAGUCACCCGAGCGUCGGUGUCAGCGUCGGCAUAACCACUUAUGUUUAAGUUUUUGUAAGAGUUUGUGUACCACCUCAAAAAAUUUCAAAGUCCAUUCACAUAUGGCUUUGAAACUUUGCACACUUGUUCACCAUCAUGCCCCCAACCUUUUCACUGGAGGGGAUGACGCAUUUUGACAAAAUUAUGCCCCUUUUUCGACUUAGAAUUUACGUUAAAGUUUGCGUACCACCUCAAAUAUUUUCAAAGUCCAUUGACAUCUGGCUUUGAAACUUUGCACGCUUAUUCACCAUCAUGCCCCCAAGCCUGUACACAGGAGGAGGUAACUCUAUCAAACAUUUUGACAAAAUUAUGCCCCUUUUUCUACUUAAAAUUUACGUUAAAGUUUGCGUACCACCUCAAAUAUUUUCAAAGUCCAUUGACAUCUGAAUAGCGGAAUAGUCGAGCGCGCUGUCUCUGUGACAGCUCUUGUUUACUAUAAGAGACUUUUGUGCUUGUCUAAGUUGAUAUUUUACUGUUUUGAAAGAUAAAGAUUGUAGACCUCAUUUUUUGUAGUUCUAGAUUAGUAAUUUCAUAGUAAUUGGUUGCCCCCAUGUCAAUGAUUGAUCAUCAGGUUAGUCUCCUUCAAAUACUUGUUAAAUAAAGGGAGGUUAAAACAUUUCAUAGAAAAGGCUGUACAUUUCCUUCAACUUAUUUGAAUUUCUAUCAUUUGAUAACAAACAUAUUUAUGUUCAUUUUAUCCAUAAUAUAAAAAAAAAUCUUUGUCAAAUUAUAUUUACAAUUACCUAUGGCUAUUAUGGUGUGCAUUUUUCUUUCUACAUUGUUUUUCAAACUUACAAUUUCAUCCUUACAAUUGUAGUAAAUCACCAGUUUAUUGUAAAUUGUCAUGUCACAUAAUGGGUACAAAAUAAAAUGUCUAAACGAC